AUGACCUGGUUUCGUGCCCAUGGUAUCCGUAUUGAUCAUACUGAUUCCAGUAUUAUCAUACCUAUCAAGCAUGGCAAUGGGUCGGUGGUGUUGUAUGGCAACGAAGCUGAAGACAUGGACGAGGCAUUUGAAGACGAAGCUGGUGCUGUGUUCGCGGUGAAUAUCACUGGUGGUGGCAAUGAGCAAGGCAAUGUUGACAAGGAAGAAGAACAUGUUGACGUUUUCAUGACGAGUGUUGCGGACAAGUCGCAUUGUGCUGUUGAGGACCCUCCUGAUGACGAUGCAAGCAAACUUUUACGUUAUUACAAGGAAGAGUUGUUGGGGAAUGCAAGUGUGACCGGAAAUGAUGAUGAAUCCAUGCCAGCGGAGAUUACCGAUCUCUUGGAUCAUUAUCAGCAUUGCUUCGUGGAAACCAGUGGAUUGGGCCGUGUCCAUGGAUACGAGCAUCACAUACCACUCCAUGACUUCACCCCUGUUCGUUCCAAGCCUUAUCGAUUGACAUGGGAGGAAGAGGAGCACUUGAGGAAGGAGUUGGCCACUAUGACGGAUCUUGGUCUUAUACGUCCAUCCAAAGGAACUUGGACUUCUCCCAUCUUUUUCGUUCGCAAGAAGAGUGGUGAGCUACGACUUGUUAUUGACUACCCGCAAUUGAAUUCCAAGACCAUGAAAGACGCAUAUCCACUCCCACAUUUGGACGACUUACUUGGAUCAAUGGCUGGUGCCCAAAUCUUUUCGACUUUGGAUGCUGCCAGCGGGUACUGGCAAAUACCCUUGGCUCAAGAAGCGAUCGAGCUAAGUGGUUUUGUCACCAAGUAUGGUACAUAUGAAUUUACGGUCAUGCCGUUUGGUUUAACUUCUGCACCAGCUUGUUUCCAACGCACGAUGACAAGCAUCCUUGGACCUUUUAUUGGGAAAUUCGUCUUUGUCUUUAUUGAUGAUAUCAUCAUCUUCUCUUCAAGUCUACAAGAACACAUCAAGCAUCUUGAACAGAUUCUACAAGUAUGCAAUCAAGCUGGCUUGCGAUUGAAACGAGCCAAAUGUGAAUUUGCUCGCACCUAUGUGGAAUACCUUGGUCACAUCGUCUCACGUGAAGGUUUGCUGCCAUCCCCAAACAACGUGGUCAAGAUCCGCAAAAUGUUGCCUCCAAGAAACAUCGAUCAAGUAAGGUCAUUUGUUGGUAUGGUGAAUUACUACCGACGUCACAUUCCAGAUUGUGCUGCCAUCAUGCAUCCUAUUUCCAAAUUAUUGAAGAACAAGAACAAGAAACCAUUCUUUUGGGGCCCUGAUCAAGAGACCGCUUUUGUCCACAUCAAGAUUAUCCUUACUGGUCCACCCAUCUUAUCUUAUCCCGAUCGAAUGCAAGUACCCAUAUUAACCACUGAUGCAUCGGGUGAAGCUGUCGGUGCCAUUUUAUCGCAAAGCCCCGAUGGAAGUGAUGAGGAUGAAACUGUUGUCGCCUACGAAUCCCGAGUAUUGCGUGGACCUGAGUUAGCCUAUGCCGCUGUUCAUCAAGAAGCAUUGGCGAUCGUUUGGGCCGUACACAAGUUUAGGCAUUUCUUAGCCGGGCGCCAUUUUAUCCUUCGCACCGAUAAUUCAGCUCUUACGUAUAUUUUAUCCAACACCAAACCGAGCCCCAAGUUACAACGAUGGGCAGCUGCUCUGCUGGAAUACAACUUUACAAUUCAACAUCAUCCUGGCAAGCGAAAUCCAGCAGACGCACUUUCUCGACUUCCUUUAGAACAUUAG